CUCCCGGGGGCUCCAGCUGUGAUUGACGCUGGGCGGCGAGAGGAGGCGCCUGGCGCUAACAAAAGUCCGGCCCGCAGGCGAGCAGCGCUGGGCCAUAAGUCUCUGCUCACUCGGGGCAUCGCAACAAGUGGCCGCCGCGCCCUCCCCGGGGAAGCCGCGGACGCACGGGGGCGCAGGGCGGAGGCGGAGGAGCCGGACAGCCCGGGGCAGGCGCAGCUCGGCUCGCACGGCUGGGGACCGCGGAGGCGCAUGGGGACCCCGCGGCGGAGGAGCGGCGAGCCUUGGGGCGGCACCCGGGCGCGGGCUGGGCGUCGCGCUGCUCCCACUCGCCCGGAGCGCGGAAUCUGAGAGCCCCGGCGGUUGACCUGGAGCCGGCCCGCCACCCUCGGGGGUGCCAGGAGCGGACCUAGCACCACCCCUCCGGUCGCAGAGCAACUGCGGACCCCCAAGCCCAGAUCGGCCCUCGGAAGGGGCAUGUACAGCUAACGGUCCGGUCCUGCCCGCUUUCCUCUGCCCCGCCGCCUGGGAGGUGCGCCCCAGCUAUGCAGUGUCCAGGGAGGAGGCGGGCAUGACGGCGACAGGAUGGGCGCGAACAAUGGCAAACAGUACGGCAGUGAGGGCAAAGGCAGCUCAAGCGUCUCAUCCGACGUGAGUUCAAGCACAGAUCAUACCCCAACCAAAGCCCAGAAGAAUGUGGCCACCAGCGAAGAUUCUGACUUGAGCAUGCGCACACUGAGCACGCCCAGCCCAGCCUUGAUAUGCCCACCGACAUUGCCAGGAUUUCAGAAUGGAAGGGGCUCAUCCACAUCUUCAUCCUCCAUCACCGGGGAGACAGUGGCUAUGGUUCAUUCCCCGCCCCCGACCCGCCUCACUCACCCACUCAUUCGGCUCGCCUCCAGACCCCAGAAAGAACAAGCCAGCAUAGACCGGCUCCCGGACCACUCCAUGGUGCAGAUCUUCUCCUUCCUGCCCACCAACCAGCUAUGUCGCUGUGCGCGUGUGUGCCGCCGCUGGUACAACCUGGCCUGGGACCCGCGCCUCUGGAGGACUAUCCGUCUCACUGGAGAGACCAUCAAUGUGGACCGUGCCCUGAAAGUACUGACGCGCAGGCUUUGCCAGGACACCCCCAAUGUGUGUCUCAUGCUGGAAACUGUCAUUGUCAGUGGCUGCCGGCGGCUCACAGACCGGGGGCUUUAUACCAUUGCACAGUGCUGUCCAGAACUGAGGCGCCUGGAAGUCUCAGGAUGUUACAAUAUCUCGAAUGAGGCUGUCUUUGAUGUGGUGUCACUCUGUCCCAAUCUGGAGCAUCUGGAUGUGUCAGGGUGCUCCAAAGUGACCUGCAUCAGCUUGACCCGGGAGGCCUCCAUUAAACUGUCCCCCUUGCACGGCAAACAAAUUUCCAUCCGAUACCUGGAUAUGACGGACUGCUUCGUGCUGGAGGAUGAAGGCUUACACACCAUCGCCGCUCACUGCACGCAGCUCACCCACCUCUAUCUGCGCCGCUGCGUCCGCCUCACGGAUGAGGGUCUCCGCUACCUGGUGAUCUACUGCACUUCCAUCAAGGAGCUGAGCGUCAGCGACUGCCGCUUUGUUAGUGACUUUGGCCUGCGGGAGAUUGCUAAACUGGAGUCCCGCUUGAGGUACCUCAGCAUCGCCCACUGCGGCCGCAUCACGGAUGUGGGCAUUCGUUAUGUGGCUAAAUACUGCAGCAAAUUACGCUACCUCAAUGCGAGGGGCUGCGAGGGCAUCACGGACCAUGGUGUGGAGUACCUCGCCAAGAACUGUACAAAACUUAAGUCUCUGGACAUUGGUAAAUGUCCCCUGGUCUCCGACACGGGCCUGGAAUCCCUGGCUUUGAACUGCUUCAAUCUUAAGAGGCUAAGCCUCAAGUCCUGUGAGAGCAUCACCGGCCAGGGCCUGCAGAUCGUGGCUGCCAACUGCUUCGACCUGCAGAUGUUGAAUGUCCAGGACUGUGAAGUUUCCGUGGAGGCCUUGCGGUUUGUGAAGCGCCAUUGCAAGCGCUGUGUCAUUGAGCAUACUAACCCGGCUUUCUUCUGAAGGGACAGCUCCCACUGCGCAAUGAGAACCAAACAGUGCUUUGUAAAAGUGUCCCAUGUAAACACCCAUACCCGUUCACAGCAGCAAUUUUUCUUUUGGUAAGGUUCUUAGGAGUCUGGCUUUUAUUUUAUUUUAGUUUAGUUUUUAAAUUUCUCAUGAGCAAAAGAGGUCGAAUAAUGAAGGGGAACCCUAAAUUUCUACCAUGGUAAACUAUUUCUAGUGAGUUAAUUUUUAGAUAAGUGUCACAAAGGCUGCACCUCAGCUGUGUCUCAGAAAUGCACCUUACUCCCCUUUCCCUGCCCCCUUCUGUCCCCAAGCUACACCCCAGAGUUCCAUACGCUCAUCUUCCAACCCUGAAGCAGCUACAACAUUAAGCGUUGAAGAAGGCUCUCUCUAAAGCUGCUCCUUAAACUAUCUGAUGGGCAUAAGCCCCAUGCCUAAAUCCCACACCAAGCAAAUUAUGGUUAAAGUAAUAUUAACACUUCAUAUCGGUGUACAAAGAGCUUUUCUAUGUUUAUACGUUACGGCAAACCAUGUGGAGUAAGAGGAGACAUGUUUUCUCCCCUAGCUCUGCCAGUAAGUAGCCUGUGACCUUGGUCAAAACACCUCACCUUUCUGAGAUUUCCACCACCAGAGGUCAGAGGUGAGGGAUUAGCCUCAUGGCCAUUUCGAACUGAGACAUGCUCUGCUCAAAGAUGCCACUGAGCAGAAGAGCUCUGUAUAAAUCGAACACAGGUGGCACUUGGGAGAGAACUGGAUGUGUAAAUGAGUUGUGCGUUCAGGAGGUCCCGUGGGCUCUCUGUAGGUCCACACUGGGUUCGGCUCAGGUCUCCCUUUUGCUCUCAUCUGAGAACCAGCACACCUGUAUGGUGGGCUGGGCUUCUGAGCAUCCUUUGCCAUGUCGGAUGCACAUCCACAUGUGCUCUAGCAUUCCCUCGCCCCUCCACACCCGACUCAGACAGGAGGGCACCUCAUCACGGGAAGCCCCUAUCUCUGUCAGUUUGCAUCCUCUGAGCAUUUUCAAACCCAAGUAAGAACCCUGAUAAAUUUUAAUUAACAAGUGAGGUCCAAGGGAACCCAGGUCCUUAAAGGUUUUCCUAAACCUUCUCAGUGCACAUCUGCUAUGCUUCAGGCACAUCUGUCCUGCAGCCAGCGGGGGACAGGUGCCUUGGUUCUUUGUCAUGCACAUUUCAUUGUGACUUCUCUCUUCUAUUUAUUUCUCCAUCACGCAAAGCCUCCUGGGGUUAUGUUUGUCAGUGUUUAAUUGUACAUGCCACCUAGCCCGCUCUCUUCAUGUUGUCUACUAAGGGAUGUGAAACAGAUGUCCAGGUGUUUCAACAUUGUUCAUUCAAGGUGCCAGGCACGGAGGAGAGGCAACACACUGGUGAGACAGGUGCUGGUCCACCCGCCAGUCAGUCUUGGAACAGAACAUUCAAAUCAUUUCAAAUUUUGAAUUUUAAGUUGAUGGGCUCUUAAAUGGUCCCUUCUGAAUAGAAACCAAUUUGCUAGUUUCUUUUCUUUUUUUUUUUUUCUUUUCUUGUCUUUCUUUCUUUUUUCUUUUUUUUUUUUGGAAUCAGAUAGCC